GUCAGCUUUGGGAUUUCUGAGAAAAACGUAAGCAACUCUGUAUCAUUACAUCGUACCUUUCUGAUAACGCCUUGGCUGCCAUACAUUAGACUCGUCUACGGACCACAAGAGCCUGAGUGUAGUUUAACAUAGUGAAGUUAUCUAAAUUUACACCAAUAUUAGGCAUUUUGGAUUCAUUAGAGCAGACAAAGUUGAUAAAUACUUAAAAUACCACCACACCUUCGCUAUAUAGUUCAUUUUCACAGUGACAAGUCACCCAAGGGGGAUAAAUACCAACAUGCAAGGCGAAACCGAGGCUGACUUCGAUGAAGACGAAGAAAUGCCGUUGACAGAGAGGGAUCUCGCAGACGACGCUCAGUGGAAGCUUAUUCAAAAGAACACCUUUACAAGAUGGGCAAACGAACAUCUGAAAACAGUCAACAAGUCGUUAACAGAUUUAGAUUCGGAUUUAGCAGACGGGUUGAGACUUUUAGCUCUAGUAGAAGUCCUCUCCGGUAAUAAGUUCAAACAUAUCAACAAGCGGCCGAAUUUCCGUACCCAAAAGCUUGAAAAUGUGACGAUGGUAUUAAAAUACCUGGAAGAGGACGAAGGUAUAAGAAUCGUCAACAUUGAUUCUACAGAUAUUGUGGAUUGUAAAUUGAAGCUGAUCUUGGGUUUAAUAUGGACCCUCAUUUUACAUUACUCAAUUUCUAUGCCAGCCUGGGAAGGAGAGGAACUAACACCAUCAGAUGGUGCUCCCACACCAAAACAACGUCUGCUCAACUGGAUUCAGACAAAAUGUCCUGAUCUACCAAUCAAAAACUUCACAACUGACUGGAAUGACGGCCGAGCUAUUGGUGCACUUGUUGAUGCUGUUGGACCAGGUUUGUGCCCAGACUGGGAAGACUGGGAUCCUAAAAAGAACAAGGAUAAUGCCAAAGAAGCCAUGGGAGCUGCUGAAAAAUGGUUAGAUGUACCACAGUUAAUCAAACCCAAUGAAUUAGUCAAUCCAAAAGUUGAUGAGAUGAGUAUGAUGACAUAUUUAUCUCAAUUCCCCAAUGCUAAGCUUAAACAAGGAGCUCCCCUCCGACCUAAACUCAAUGCAGCUCGAGUUCGUGCUUACGGUCCUGGUUUGGAGCCAAAGGGAAACCAAGUUGGUGCCCCUGCCCGCUUUACCAUUGAAACUUUUAGUGCUGGUAAAGGAGCUGUUGAAGUUAUGGUACUUAAUCCUAAAGGACAGAAAGAACCAUGUGAGUGUGUAUUCAACAAUGAUAGAAAUUUAACAUAUUCAUGUGUCUACACACCUAGUAUGGAGGGUGAAUAUAGAGUCAUUAUUAAAUUUGCCGUCAAAGAAAUUGCCAAGAGUCCUUUCAUUGUGAAAGUUGAGGGUGCUGCUGGAGAUGCCACUAAGGUGACUGCCUCUGGUCCUGGUAUACAGAAAACUGGUGUUAUUGCUACAAAGAGAACUUAUUUUGAAGUUCAUACUAAAGCAUCUGGCGCUAAAGCUGUGCCAAUUGCUAAAGCUGGAUCUGCUGCCAAAUCUAGUUCUAGGGCUGGACCUGGUGCUAAGACUGGGCCAGGUGCCAAUGGUGCUGCUGGCAAAGGUCAGAUAGAUGUAGCUAUACUUGACCCUCAUGGUCAUCGUGAUAAGAUCCGCCCCAGCAUUAAACCAGUUGAAGGAAAAGAGGGCACUUUCUUAGUGGAGUAUAUCCCUCAUGAACCUGGUCUUCACUCAGUUAAUGUUUUCUUUGCUGGUAUACAAAUUCCAAACAGUCCAUUUGGUGUGCAAGUUGCCCCAGCAUCAAAUGCCAAAGCAUGUCAUGCCACUGGACGAGGUAUCCAACCAAGAGGUAUACGAGUUAAAGAUAAUGCUGUCUUCAAAGUUCACACAAAAGGGGCUGGUGAUGGAGAGGUCAAAGUUCAAAUUAUUGGACCAGGUGGUGCUGAAGAAAAAUGCACCAUCAAGAAAUUACCCAAUGAGGAAGGUGUCUAUGAAUGUGUUUAUAUUCCAUCCAAGGCUGGUCCAUACAUCAUCAAUAUUACUUUUGGUGAUCAACAUAUCUCUAAGAGUCCAUUUAAAGUAGAGGUGGGACCAUUUAAAACAUCAAAGAUUGUUGCCUGGGGACCUGGUCUAGAAGGUGGUGUAGUUGAUCAACCCGCUGUCUUCACAGUUGAAACUAAUGGUGAAACUGGUGCACUAGGUUUCUCUAUUGAGGGACCAUCUCAAGCUAAGAUUGAUUGUAAAGAUAAUGGUGAUGGUUCAGCUGAUGUAACAUACUGGCCAAAAACAGCAGGAGAAUAUGCUGUCCAUAUUUUAUGUAAUGAUGAAGAUAUUCCUAAAUCACCUUAUAUAGCACAGAUCACACCAGCUACAAAGGAAUUCCUUGCUUCUAAGGUUAUUGCCAAGGGCCCAGGUUUAGAGAAGACCGGUGUACAAGCUAAUAAAUGGGCUGAGUUUACAGUUGAUGCUCGUAAUGCUGGUAAAGCACCACUUAAAAUUAGUUGUAUGGAUGUAGAUUAUAAACCUAUAGAUGUACAGAUAAUAGAUAAUAAGAAUGGUACAUAUGGCUGUAAAUACAUGCCUAAACGUAAUGUUAAACAUACUGUCACUAUUACAUGGGGUGGUGUACAAGUACCUAACAGUCCUUUCAGAGUUUUUGUAUCUGAACCAUGUAAUCCAGCUAAUGUUAAAGUUUUUGGACCUGGUGUGGAGAAGGGUGUUAAAACUAGUGUCAAGACUUAUUUUACUGUUGAUUGCAAAGCUGCUGGCCCUGGUGAUGUUGCUAUUGGUUUAACUGAUGACCGAGGUAUGGAUGUACCAGUUAACACUAUUGACAAUAAAGAUGGCACAUUUAGAAUUGAAUAUGAACCAACUAUCCCUGGACAGUACACUGUCAUGGUUUACUUUGCGGAUAAAGAAGUACCACAGAGUCCAAUUAAGGUCAUGGUCACCUCGAGUAUUGAUGUUAGCAAGGUCAAGGUAGUUGGACUUGAACCCAAAAUGCCUGUUGGAGUUCCACAACAGAUUGGUAUCAUUACAACAGCUGUACACAGACUACCUAAAGCUGAUGCCAAGGUAGAAGUCACUAAUCCUGCUGGUCAGAAAAAGGAAUUCCCCACAGUUGCUACUGUUGAUGGCCAUACCUGUGAUCUUGUGUUUGAUCAACCUGGACCUCACAAGGUUGCUGUCAAAUAUGCUGGAGCUGAGCUUCCUAAAUCACCUUUUGCAGUAGAAGCUGUUCCAUCUACAGCUGCUCCAAAAAAACCAAUACAAGAAGACAUGAUGGGCAAAGAAAAAGCUCCUGGCGUCAAAGCCGGAGCACCGGGUAUAGGACAGAAACCAAAACCAAAUGUGAAGGCUUAUGGACCAGGCCUUAAAGGAGGGAGAGCCCUUGAACCAGCCACCUUUACAAUUGAUGCUAAACAAGCCCAAGGACCAGGAGGACUUGGUGUGACUGUUGAAGGACCUGCUGAAGCCAAGAUUGAAUGUAAGGAUAAUGGUGAUGGAACAUGUGAAGUUGCCUAUCUACCAGAAAUACCAGGAGAAUAUACUAUCAAUGUUACCUAUGCUGAUGAACACAUCCCAGAAUCUCCUUUUAAGGCUAAGAUUGAGCCUAGUGCCUUUGCACCAGGUAGUGCACCUUUGACUGGUGCUCCACAAGCCACUGUUCCACCAGGAAUGGAAGCUGUUACAGCCUAUGGCCCUGGUCUUAACCCAAAUGGAGUUUUUAUGGAAUCCCCUACAGAGUUCACUGUUGAUGCCAAAUCUGUUCCACCAGUGGGUGCUGGUAAAGUACGAGCUAUUCUUACAGAUCCAACUGGACAGAAAUUCGAAAGUCCAGUUACCAACAACAAUGAUGGUACAUACAAGGUUGCCUAUACAGCAUUUGCGCAAGGUCCUCACACCAUAGAUGUAACAUACAACGAUGCUCCUAUUCCACAGAGUCCAUUUAAAGUUACGGCUGUUCCGGGUUGUGAUCCAAGUCAUGUUAAAGCUUAUGGUCCAGGUCUACAAGGUGGUUUUACUAACCAGAAUGCUGAGUUUACAGUAGAUAUGAAAGGUGCUGGUAAAGGGGGUUUAGGUUUAGCUAUAGAAGGUCCUGUAGAAGCACAGAUGAAUUGUAAAGAUAAUAGAGAUGGUACCUGUCAUGUAGAAUAUAAACCUAUUAAAGCAGGAGAUUAUUCUAUUAAUGUUAAAUACGCUGAUCAAGAUAUACCUGGUAGUCCAUUCUUAGUUAGAAUCCAAAACCCUGUUGAUGCCAACAAAGUGAAAUGUUAUGGACCUGGUUUGAACCCCCAGGGGGUGAUAGCUGGAGAACCUGCCUCUUUUGUUGUUGAUGCUUCAGAAUCUGGACCUGCUCCUCUUGAUGUUACUACAAUAGAUGCUAAGGGUAAGAUCUAUAGAUGGAAUUUAAGAACACACUGUUUCCUAUGA